AUGGACUCUUCGAACCAGGCUGAUACCAGAGCGCCUCCAGCAAACGCCGGCAGAUUGCCCUUUGCACCUAAACACUCGCACGAGCCGCACGAGCCACUAAGCAUGCCUAGUUUGAACCCUAUGUUGUCAGACUUCGCCCUGUACGCGCCCUCGCCGUACCAGAACUACAACUACGCCAAUCCUCAGCAUGAGCAGCGUCUCAGGAACGCACCUGCCAGCCCAACAUAUUACCAGCACUCACACAAAGUACACGAGCCGUCUUCUAUGCAGAGAAACAUACGACGCAGCGCCAGUCUGGGCAAUCCGCCCCACGACCUUGGGCAUGAGGAGCCCCAGGUACUGUGCUACGACAUGGAAUCGAGAACGUACAAGAUGGUGAGCCAGGCUGUAGUUGAAAGUUCGAACGGUCUGCUACAACCUGUUGCUGAGAGCCCGACGGAAUACUCGCCGUGUUCCGGCUCUGGCUCGCCAGAAAAGGCAAAGAGAUCGCGAAGAGGGUGUUUGACGUGUCGACAGCGCAAGAAAAAAUGCUGUGAAACGAGGCCAACGUGUUCGGAGUGCUCACGACUCAUGAUUCGUUGCAGAUGGCCUGUGCCCGGGAGCGAGCGCAAAAACCGGUCGAAGAACAAUGCCAUCAGCCCCGACGAGAUGGUCCACGAGGCGUACGGGGUAAUCAAGAUCCUGAGGGGGGUGGUGGACUACAAGGUUGAAGGAUGA